CUAUCGUAAGUUAUGCCUGUAAAACCUACUGUGUUUUAGUCAUGUAAAAUUAUAUUGCACAUCAGCAAUUACACGUUGAUUUUCGAGGUCACGUUUCAAACGAAGACUGUGUGUCGCCUAUAUUCCUUUCUUAUUCCUAUAUUCUUUUUUAGCAACUAUUUAACUAGCUGGCGAAUCAUAUGUGCAGUACUUAGCUAGGUUAGCUAUGAUUGCUGAUGGCCUAACCAGCUACAUAACUAGAAAGAAGUAACAUUUAUAACAGUGGAGAUAAAACUAUAAGCUACCUACACUAUCGUCAUAAAUAACUUUGAUGAGCCAUUUUUUUCCUGAACAAUCAAAGGACAUUAUAGCAGCAUGCAGAAGCCUGAGUGUUUAAGAUUAUCUGGACCAUGACAUUCUCCAGAGCGAUCCAGGCCUCCAGCAACGUGGACCAUGCCUCCAAGAAAGAGAGCCGUGGCCCUUCUGAGGGGGCGGCAGCGGCGGAGGGCAGAGGAAGACGUGUUCCCCUUCAACUCACUGCCGGUGGAGUGCCAGCUCCAUGUGCUGUCCUUCCUGAGCGAGGUGGACAAGUGCAGCGCGGCGCUGGUGUGCUCCGGCUGGAGCGUCCUCAUGCGGUCCGGGAAGCUCUGGAGGGUGGCCGACUUCUCGCGCCGCGGCGCCUUCCACAUGGGCCAGGAGGGCCUGCUGGUCUCCAACCGGGAGUUCGAGCGGUGGAAAGACUGGGUGCACCACUACGCCCACCAUCUCAUAUCCCGGGGAGCGAGCUUGCUCACCCUCAAGGCCAGUUUUGAUCUCGGGGACCAGUACAAUAAGUGGGGCGAUCUCCUAUCUCACCUCCUGGAGAGCGUCCAUUGUCGAGAUCUCAGCCACCUGGACCUGAACUGGACCUUCACUCUGCUGGAGCCCUUGGACCUCCGGCAGUAUUCCAGCCCUCACGCCCACCAGGAGAGCAUCACCAAGAUGGACCAAGUGAAAAACUUCCAGGUCCUGCUGGCGAAACUGGCGCAGAGCUGCCCGCGGAUCACCAAGAUGCGCCUGCACUUUGACUGGUCCGAGACCUCCGUCUCCCUGCUCACCCAGUUCCGCUACCUGCGGGUCCUGGAGCUCAAGUACUUCUGGGUCUUCAAAGGGGUCAACCCCAGCUCCUUGCAGAGCCUGACCGCGUCUCUGCCCUACCUCAAGUCCCUGACGCUUCACGUCCUGGUGCCGCUCAGGAACCUGGGCGUCUCCUACACGCUGGAGUCGUCCUCCCUGGAGUUCCUGGACGUGUCUCAGAGUCGCGGCCUGGUCUUCUCCCGCCUGCACCUGCCCGCCCUUCGCGAGCUGCGGGCCAAGAAGAUGGUGCGGGGCAUCACCCUGGACCGUCGCACUAGGCUGAGGAUCCAGAGCAGGUGGCCCUGCCUCUACCAGGUCCUGCGAGAGGGAACGCCCAAACUGCAGGCCCUCAACAACGAGCGACUCCUCCCCAGCUGGAAGGAGCAGAGCUACCAGGAGCUGUCCUCCAUCCUCCAGCAGUCCUGCUACUGUGUCCAGCACUUGGACAGCUGGCUGUGGUGAUCGGGCUGGGAUGAAUCAAUAACCCCAAUCGAAAAUUAUGUGGAGCAUUAUGCAAGUAAUCAUGGGCCAUUUCAGGGCAUAUUUGAGCAAAUUUUAUCCUGCGCAAAACAGUCUGCUCAGUGACAUGCUUUGCUGUGUGUAGUUUUUGUUUUUAGUUUAUUUAGACUUUCAGGAGUGUGUACU